CUUCUCGUUCCAAACAACCUUUCACUCGACUGCGCAUAUGCCAACAGCCAAGAACCCUCAAGGAGCUUCAGCAUGAAGCACACCAUAGAUCCAGCACCCAAGUCUUUAUCCCAAUCAAACACUCUACGGUACGGUACUACUAGCUACGGUUGUCUACUCUAGCUAGAGCCAGCUAAUAAUUCCGUGCUUGUCAGUCAACCAGACUGCCAAUUGAAACGCACAUUUCCUGGAUACCAGUCGAUAGACCAAUCGUCGACCUCAAAGAAAUUUCCAAUCUCAGCCACGAGAGUUUACAUUGGUUUGAAAUAUGCCCACCGCUGGAGAUGACGUUCAAGCUGCCGUUGAUGGUGGUGGUGUUGUUGCUGCUGCUGCUCCAACCAAAAUGAUUGCAAAGAACAAUUCACCUUCCAUGGAUACUCUGGGUGUAAGUGUUCACCAUUUGGAGCACAUCUUUUUAGAAGAAGUGUACUCAUUCACCACCACUGCAGCAGCAAACCAAAAUCCUCUUUCUAGAGACUCCAAAAUCUACCAAAUUGAAGGCCUACGAGGUCCUCCCGGGGUCAUCCGAACAAGAGGAACCAACACUGUCUGUCCAAUCGAUGGAAGAUUGGGAGCUGCCUAUGUAAAUUGCCUACAAGGAGAAGACCACGUCGGAGAGGCAACUCAAAUGCUCAGUUAUUCGUGGAACUACACGAUUGGAGAUAUUUUGGAUACCCUUUCGGACUAUUGCCUCCGGAACAACCUCAAUCCAAAGAGAACGUAUAUUUGGAUCUGUUGCCUAUGCGUCAAUCAGCACAGAGUCGUAGAAAACUCGGCUCAGCAGCAAGCAGGAAUGGCAAAUCCUGCCAAGGUGGACUUCUUUGCCAUUUUUGGAGACAGAGUCGAAAAGAUUGGUCAUUUGCUGGCAAUGAUGGCCCCUUGGAGUGCACCUGUCUACAUUACCCGAGUAUGGUGUAUUUUUGAGAUCUUUACAGCUCACAGGAUGGGUGGGUGCAAAGUGGAUAUUGUCAUGCCACCCAAGGAGAAUGAAUCACUAGAGCUGGAAGUCCUUGAUAAUGGAGAAGGAAUCAAUGCUCUGUAUGAGACACUUGGCAACACCAAAGUUGAAAAUGCUAAUGCAUCUGUGGAAAGCGACAGACUGGCUAUUCUUGGCCAAGUAGAAUCAGAUGUUGGAUACUCUGUGCUCAACAAUCUAGUCAAUGACUUGCUGCGUGGAUGGAUGCAAGGUAUCCUGACUCAGCUGGUGGAGACCAGAGAGAACACGAACGAUGAGGAGUAUGCGGACUUUUGUAACCAAAUUGGAAGUAUUCUGAAGCACAAUGGAGAGCACAGCGCAGCCAUGAAUCUCCACCAGACUGCUCAGACAAUUUGUGAGAAUGUGUUGGGCAAGAAUCAUGAACAAACAGCAACCGCCUACAGCGGCAUCGGUUGUGUAUUGUAUGAGCUUGGGGACUAUGAAGGUGCCUUGUCAAAGUAUGAGGAAGCUCUUACUGCUCAAUUGUCAGCAUUGGGCAAGAAUCAUCCUCAUGUGGCAAUCACCCACAGUAACAUUGGUUCUGUAUUGUAUGCGGUGGGUGACCAUGAAGGUGCUUUGGUAAAGCACAAGGAAUGUCUUGCCAAUCUAUUGCCAGCAUUGGGCAAGAUCAUCCUGAGGUGGCAACAGCCCAGAACAACAUUGGGCUGGUCCUGGAGGAGAUGGGUGACUAUAAAGGUGCUUUGGAAAGCCACAAGGAAGCUCUUUCCAUUCGAUUGUCAGCAUUGGGCAAGAAUCAUCCUGAUGUGGCACCACCUCCACAACAUUGGUUCUGUGUUGGAUGAGAUGGGUGACUUGAAGGUGCUUUGGCAAAGUAUGAGGAAUGCUCUUGCAAUUAUUGUCAGUUGGGCAAGAAUCAUCCUAUGUGGCAACCACACCACAUUGGUUCUGUGUUGGAAGAGAUGGGUGACUGUGAAGGUGCUUGGCAAAGACAAGAAGCUCUUCCAUUAUUGUCAGAUUGGGCAAGAAUCAACCUCAGUUGCAACAACCUACAGCAACAUUGGUUCGUACUUUCCAGCAUGGGUGACUAUGAAGGUGCUUGGCAAAGAUGAGGAAGCUCUUGCCAUUGAGUUGUAUAUUGGUUCUGUGUUGGAAGAGAUGGGUGACUUGAAGGUGCCUUGGCAAAGUACAAAGAUCUUCCAUUGA